UUAUAGUGCGGUUGCAUCGCAGCGCAUACACAAUGGCUGCUCGAAAGACGGGAAAGCAAACAAUUUUCAGGCCCGCCGCGUCUAGCAAAAAAUAUGAGAAAAAAAUUAUUAAAAAUUCGGAAUAUAGUUGAAAGUCAAGAAAAACUCAACAGAAAGGAUGCUAAAGCGUCCGGGGCCCCUGAGUCCAGGCGGUGUUGAGCACAUAAAACUGGAUAGAAUAACUGUAUCAGUACUAACUGCCCACUGCGCCCCUGUCCAUGUAGCUGGCCUGCCUUAGUGUGCCAUGGCCACGGGAACCCAGGGCCACCGUGACCACACCUUGGAGAAAGCCAAGCAAGCACCACCCAUGGGGAGGCGCAGGGGAGCAGAGGGGAAGCUGAAGAAAAAUUUCCCCUGCCAGGAGUGUCAGAAAGCUUUCAACAGUCUGGAGAAGUUGAAGGUGCACUCAUACUCUCACACAGGAGAAAGACCCUACCGCUGCUCCCACCCUGACUGCACCAAGGCUUUCGUCUCCAAAUACAAGCUGCUACGGCAUAUGGCAACUCACUCGCCAGAAAAAAACCACAAGUGUUCAUACUGUGAGAAAAUGUUCCACCGCAAGGAUCACUUAAAGAAUCACCUACACACUCACGACCCGUACAAGGAGGCAUUCACCUGUCAGGAGUGUGGCAAGAGCUACAACACCAAGCUGGGUUUUAAACGCCACCUUGCUCUCCAUGCUGCCAACAGUGGAGAUCUCACCUGCCAAGUGUGCCUGCAGCCUUUCCCCAGCACAGGGGUUCUUCUGGAGCACCUCAAAACGCAUGCCGGUAAAUCUUCUGGUGGGACCAAAGAGAAAAAGCAUCACUGCGAGCACUGUGAGCGCCGAUUUUACACCCGGAAAGACGUACGACGCCACAUGGUGGUGCACACCGGACGCAAGGAUUUCCUUUGCCAGUACUGUGCCCAGCGUUUCGGUAGGAAGGACCACCUGACACGUCAUGUGAAAAAGAGCCAUGCCCGGGAGCUGCUCAGGGUAAAAACUGAGCCAGCUGAUUCACUGGAGCCAGUCGUUUAUGACUUGGCAUCUGGGGGCAUCAAGGGCGAGCUCACAGGAAUGCUUACACCGAGGCCUCAUCAGCUCAGCAUGUACGCAGGCCCUGUCCUGGACGCGGAGCCCUUUCCCACCCCACCACACCCCUUUUCUCUAAAGUACCCGCUGGCCUCCAACUUUACCUCAUACACCUUCUCCUCACAGGAGCGGGAGCAGAAUUUAAAGGGAGAACUGGAGACCUACCUGAUGGAGUUGCAAAGCAGCAUGCCCUCCUCAUCCUCUGCAGCUCAAGAACCCCAACUCUCCUCCUCCAAACUUGAGUUGGAGACUCAAGUGGGCGUGCUGGGGGAAACAAGCCAGGACGUGUCCCUGUCCAAAAUGUCCACACCGGUGGUUGCAGCCUCUGCAGGUGACUCUCUGGCUUCAACCUCCUCCCUGAUGGACUUCUCACAGCUUUUCAACUUCCUGCCACUCAAUGGACCACCAUACAACCAGACAGGGGGCAGUGGGGGGCAGGGCGUUGCCUAUCCACCCAAUGAAGAGCCCACACCUCUUGUCCAGCUGGGCCCCCAUCCCCCUGAUGGCCCAGAGGCCACAGACAAUCUGCUUCAGGGGCUCUCCUCCUCUUUCAUAUCCAACCUGAGCACACCUACUACACUGCCCCGCUUCCACCAAGCUUUUCAGUGAUCAAGUAUGUACUGCACAUGGCACACAUGUACUCAAACACACACGGUGACACACACAUGUAGCGCUAAACAAGCACACAAACCGACACUAAAACAAGAUCCCAGUAAUCCAUGUUUGAAGAUAGCACCUCUGUCCAUUUAAUAUCACAACAUGGGCAGACACCUACACACACAGCAGCACACACACAAAUCAAAUUGCAGAUAUUCACCACCACCAUCCUCUAAUUAUGUGUUCACAUAAUAGCUAAAAAGCUAGAUUGUUAAUUGAUUGUUAAUGCAAAUACAGUUUCCAAUUUUUUUGGUUUCUUGCUAUUUGCAGGUUGAUAAACUAAUCAUUCAGUUCUGAUUGAAAAGAGCUUCAGGCUACAGUAUGCACAAUCACCACAGAAGCAGUGCACGGUGGUCAGCACAGUGCACACUGUGCAGGGCGUAGUACUGCUCUGCGCAUUGCGCCACAAGUGUACACACACAAAGGAUUUCUCCUAAUGAAGCGAAAACUGUUUUUCUGCAAUAACGUGGAAACAGAUUAAUUGUGACAGUGAGAGCUGUGUCAGUUGUAAAAGAGGAAUGAGUCAUUUGAGAGUUGGAGAUUUUUCACUUAGUUGAAUGAUAAUAGAAAUUUGAUUGCAGUGACAUUUUACUUUCUUUACCUAACCCCCAUGCCUUAGAAUAGAUUUACCUUAGUCGUAUGUCAUCACACAACCUUUAUUUUGCAUCUUUCUUAUUAGGGACCGAUCUGUAGCUUUGGGAUGUUUUUGUCCAUUUACAUCUAUUUAAUACAUCAUGUACUAUAAAUGACUGCUGACCAUAUUCCAAACCGCACCACAUUUUGGAUUCCUUUUUUUUUUUUGGCAAUGUCCAGGCAGCUAUCGCCUUUCAUGAAUUUCUCUGCUGCAUAGAAAUCAACUUACUUGGUAACCAGGUAAUCCAUUAUAGUGAUUAUAUCUGCUUGCAUUUUUGUCAAAAACAACACUGUAAUGUAUGUGCUUAAAACUGCAUUAAUAUGCAGAACAGUAACUUCAUCUUGUCAGCAGUAAAAGCAGAUCUGAUGUUCAAUAUGCUGGAUUACACAACCCAUCUCUGCAAGGUUAUUUCCAAUAUCUAAUGAAAUCAUAGGAAACCCGUGGCGCCCUGAAGUGGGAAGAGCUCAAUCAACAUCUCAAACAUGCUACAAAUGAUUUUUAGCAUAAAACGUAUGUGGUUAGUCAUAAAUAGUCUAAAACAUGCAAAAACAUUAGUAUUACAGUUUUAAUUGAUUUAAAUUUUACAUCUGGUCAAGUUCUGUCUUAAUUCUAACAGUGUGGACAUUUUCCUAAAAGCUGAAAUGUUUCUUCUGUAGCGUUUCUUAGCAAUCCUCCAACCCCCAAGCCAAACAGUCAACCAAACACAGACAGAAGUGCCUGCUGCAACAUUUCCAUAUACUGUACAAGAUACUGUACAAGUGGACAAAAGAUGUCAUCAGAGUAUUUCAGCCAUCCUCAGUUCGGAGAGUUAAGAUCAGUGAUGUGCCUGGAUUGACAGGCACCAGUUUCCUCUUUUAUGAUGAAUUUACUGCUUAUGAGC